GCUCACUGCAGCCUCCGCCUCCCGAGCUCAAGUGAUCCCCCCGCCUCAGCCUCCCGAGUAGCUGGGACCACAGGCGCCGGCCACCACGCGCAGCUAAUUUUUUUAAAAAAAUUUUAGUCGACACGGGUCUAACUAUGUUGCUCAGGCUGGUCUGAAACUCCUGGACUCAAACAGUCCUCCUGCCUUGGCCUCCCAAAGUGCUGGGAUUACAUUCAUGAGCCUCUCGCCCACGCAGUCGAAGUGUUUUAAUUUUUAUCUUUUACAACAGCUUCUAAUUUGUUACAAAUAAACGUGCAGCAUGUGGUGGGAGUGUUCAGGUGUUUACUGGUGCAGUGCGCAAUUAACGCGGUUCCAGGCACGAGAUGUGGAGGCCCAGAGGCAGAAGCCGGUGGCGGCGGCAGGACUGCCGGAGGCGCGGGCAGGGACCUGGGCUCCCAAGGCUGUGGCCCUCCUGCCCCAGUCCAGGGUCCAUUUCCAGGGGCGCGUCUGGCCCUCUGUUGCUGUCUUCUUAGGGUUCUUUCAUGGGGAUCAGUUCUUCAGCCUUUCUUUUCUCCCCAGAGAGGGUCUGUCUACUCGUUGUAAGAGGGAACAAGUCCAUAUUGCAGCUGUACACUUUGCACCCAUGAUGAAAAGCGUCACUUUUGCAGCAUUCCAGCUGGAGAUUCGUGACCUUCGGUCUGCGGCAGGCGGAAGGGCGAGAGACUUGGACAGGAGGUGCAUCUUGCCCGAGGAAGGCUGAACGAAUGAGAGCUCGGUCCCUGGUGAGAAAGAGCCCAGAGCAUGCGAGAGGCGGGCGGCAAGGGCUUCUCUGCAGCGGAGACGCGAGGGCGGCGUCCUGCAGGGAGGCGGGGGGCAGCGCCUGGGGCGCUCCAAGCUCUCGGCCCCAAGGAAGCCCACGCUCGGGACCCGCGUGCUGCCACAGCCCCGGGGGCCUGGAGGGGCCCGUGAGCCGAGCGGAGGACCCGGGACAAGCGCGGGGCGCCGCGGGGAACGGACGGGAACGCGCGUGGCCUCCCCACAGCGGGCCUUCGACACCUCCUGACACGUCCUGCGGGUGCCCGGUCCUCAGUUGGCUCGAGCCGGAUCCCGGCGCGCCAACGGCUCGACCUUGCCCCCCACGAGGCAGGGCUUCCUGCCCGGCAGGAAGGACUCGGCCGGCGCCUGCGGGCAACCGAUGAGCUGAAGGCGCCGCGGCUGGGCCGUCCCGCUCUCCCGCCGCCGAGCGCACUGUCCUCCCGCUGCCCAGAGCGUCGCCGGAAGUGCCGAGGGGGCGGGCCAGGGGUCGAGACUGUGGCGUUUCCGGCGCGCGACGGGGCGGGGACCGUAGCGGGUGCAGUCCGGCUGCUCUGGACGCUGAGGCCCCGGCUUCUCUUGCUGGGGCGUCGAUUCGGGAGGGCUGAGGGCGCGGCCGAGAGAACGGGGCGGUCACCGCCGCCGUGGCCCGCGCGUCCCGCCCUCUCCUUGCAGUGCAGGCCCCAGCCGCUCUCGGGCGCGGCGUGGGGGAGGCGGCCCUGCAGGUGCGUACCCGGGGUGCCGACACGUGCGGGGCUCCCUGCGAGCUGAGUCCCCGCUGCGCGUCUUCAGGCCUUUGUAAGUUGUCCAAUUUCCCACCGGCCCAGCUCAUCGAGCUUCUUCCCAGCUGUGAACAGGAGGGCCUGUUCCCUCAUUCUUGCCGCAGAAACUGUUCCAACUGCUGGUGUUCUGCAAGAUGGAGCCAGGAGGAGAGCCCACAGGUGCUAGACAGAGCAGUACCCUGAUGGAGUCCCUUGCAGCUGUGAAGGCUGCUUUCCUGGCGCAGGCCCCGAGUGGCAGCCGGUCAGCCGAGGUGCAGGCAGCUCAGAGCACGGAGCCUGCCCCAGAGGCAGGCGCUCCCGAGGGAGAGGGCCGCAGAGGGGGGCCUCCCCGGGCGUUGGGGUCUCUUGGCCUUUGUGAAAACGAGGAAGCCAGAGAAAGGCCCGGAGGUUCCCCUCGAGGCCCGGUCAUUUCUGAGAAAACUGGAGGACAGAGUGGCCGCGAGUCAGACGUCCCUCCGAACGCAGGCCCCGGGGCAGAGGGCGGGGGCAGCUGGAAGGGGCGGCCUUUCCCGUGCGGCGCCUGUGGCCGCAGCUUCAAGUGCUCCUCGGACGCGGCAAAGCACCGGAGCAUCCACUCGGGGGAGAAACCGUACGAGUGCAGCGACUGCGGGAAGGCCUUCAUCCACAGCUCGCACGUGGUCCGGCACCAGCGGGCGCACAGCGGGGAGAGGCCCUACGCGUGCGCCGAGUGCGGCAAGGCCUUCGGCCAGAGCUUCAACCUCCUCCGGCACCAGCGCGUGCACACGGGCGAGAAGCCCUACGCGUGCGCCGACUGCGGCAAGGCCUUCGGCCAGAGGUCGGACGCCGCCAAGCACCGCCGCACCCACACCGGGGAGAGGCUGUACGCGUGCGGCGAGUGCGGGAAGCGCUUCCUGCACAGCUCGAACGUGGUCCGGCACCGGCGGACCCACCACGGGGAGAACCCGUACGAGUGCCGGGAGUGCGGCCAGGCCUUCAGCCAGAGCUCCAACCUCCUCCAGCACCAGCGCGUGCACACGGGGGAGCGGCCCUUCGCCUGCCAGGACUGCGGCCGCGCCUUCAGCCGCAGCUCCUUCCUCCGCGAGCACCGCCGCAUCCACACCGGGGAGAAGCCCCACCAGUGCGGCCACUGCGGGCGCGCGUUCCGGGCGCUGUCGGGCUUCUUCCGGCACCAGCGGCUCCACACGGGCGAGAAGCCGUUCCGCUGCACCGAGUGCGGCCGCGCCUUCCGCCUGAGCUUCCACCUCAUCCAGCACCGGCGGGUGCAUGGCGCCGAGUGAGCCGGGGCUGCGGCGGAAGAGAUGCCGGCGGCCUGGUGGGCGCGAGGCCGAGGCCGGGGGAGGCUCCUGUCCGCCCCGUGCGCGGUGAGGAAGUAACAGCCGGCUGCGCGCCUGGUUCUCGGGCUGCGAAAGCCUCGCCAGGCCUGCAUCCGCCUUGGCUUGGGAGCAAUCAGGAGAGACAGGGCUCGGGGAAGGCGAGCGCUGCCCGCGGGAGGCGAUUCCCAGAGGCGGGGUGGUCUCAGGGGUCUGUCCCGGGCCGGCCGCCCGCUGCUGAGGCGCCCCGCCUCCCACGGUCAGCUGCUGCGGGGCAGUGGCCGGUGAUUGAAUCGGUCAUUCCUCCGCAACCAGGCCUCCAUCAAAACCCUGCAUGAGAUGAGGGCCUCGAGCUUCGGGUUGGUGAAGGCGGGGUGGGGGGGCAGUUAGGAAGGGGGCGCCCAGACAGGACAUGGAAGCCUCGCGUCCUCCCCCGUACCUUGCGGGUCGGUGGUUCAUCCAUGUAUUUCAACGCCUUUUCACAGCCGGUUCAUAUGGUCCCGACUUCUGUGUGCUUAGAAAAUUAUGGAACUUGGCCGGGCGCGGUGGCUCCCGCCUGUAAUCCCAGCACUUUGGGAGGCCGAGGCGGGCGGAUCACACGGUUAAGAGAUCAAGACCAUCCUGGCCAACAUGGCAAAACCCCCAUCUCGACUAAAAGUAGAAAAAUUAGUUGGGCGUGGUGGCAUGCGCCUGUAAUCUCAGCUACUUGGGAGCCUGGGGCAGGAGAAUCACUUGAACCUGGGAGGCGGAGGUUGCAGUGAGCGGAGAUCUGGGCACUGUACUUUAGCCUGGGCGACAGAGAGACCCAUCUCAAAAAAAAAAAUUAUGGAACCUGAGAAGGGGGUCGUGGGGUCCCCGGGGCCCACCGUCUGCACUUGGCAUCUGAAGUGGGGGUGGUCUUGUGGGACUGACCCCUUACCCUGUGGGUUCAGCACUAGCUCCGGGCAAUUGGUGACAGAAUCGAGUUAAAUUGUAGGACAUCGCGUUGGUGUCCGAGAGUUGGAGAGCUGGUUGGUGUGGAGGGAAAGGCUUACACACAUGUGAUUUCAGAAGCGUUCCGUGGGUAGAGGAAUCGUUUUCUCUUUGAGACUGUUAUGAGUAUGUACAAAUGUUAUUUCCUGUAAAAUAUUUUCAUUUUUUAAAAUGUUAUUUCCUAGAUAGAAAAGUAGAAGUGUCUUUUUGGGGAGCGUUUUUGGGGGCGUAUAGUAAAGCUCGGUCAUCAUGAAUUAAGCGAGGUGGGCUUUGAGUUUCUUGGGAUGACAGGGAAAUGUGAGCCGCCCACUGGCCGUGAGCCCUGGGGUGCAGUUGCAGGAUUCGCCCAUCCUGGUCUGGGUGUGGCUUGUGACCACCUCCUGCAGUUCUCUGCCCAGGUAAGGACUAAUUGGGAAGAAUUCUGGGUCCUGAGCUGGCUGCCGCUUCCAAGACAGUCGCUUUGAGGGCUCUUGGCACCGAUUUUGUUAAAAUGCAUGAGCUUAGGGUUGUGCAGCCUGUAGGGGCAGGGGUGCUCUCAGAAUGGAUUUGGUGGCCCCACCGUUAUUUAAGCUCCUGACCCCUGGGCCGGUGGUGAGGUGGGAAGAUGAGCCUGUGUCUCCCAUGCUGAGCCAAGAUCCUCAGGUACCAGUAGCGGUCAAAGCACCUGCUCCCUGAAGGAAGCUUACCUGGCUUAGCCUCAUCCCUGCUCGUAAGUCAGGCAUUCAGCUUGCAAAGAUCCCCAAGCACACAAGGAGAGUCAGCUGACUGAGGGCCAACAGAAACAGCAGGCAGCCGCUGUCAGCCACAAAGAAACGCAGAUCCUGAAACUGUCAUCAUACAGCUGAGAGGAUAGUUAUGUGUGAGGUGUUCAAAGAAGUCGCACAGUCAGUGAUGAGAAAGCUGUAGGGUACAUACUGUCACGUGUGAAUAGGCAGGACUCCUUAAAGAACUUUUGGAAAUGAAAAACAGGCCAGGUGCAGUGGUUCAUGCCUAUAAUCCCAACACUUUGGGAGGCCUAAGGGGGAGGAUCAGUUGAGCCUAGGAGUUCAAGACCAGCCUAGGCAACAUAGGGCUGGGCACGGUGGCUCACGCCUGUAAUUCCAGCACUUUGGGAGGCUGAGGCAGUGGAUCACCUGAGGUCAGGAGUUUGAGACCAUCCUGGCCAACAUGGCAAAACCCCAUUUCUACUAAAAAUACAAAAUUAGCUGGGCAUGGUGGCCCACACCUGUAAUCCCAGCUACUCGGGCAGCUGAGGCAGGAGAAUCCCUUGAACCUGGGAGGCAGAAGAUGCAGUGAGCCGAGAUCACGCCAUUGCACUCCAGCCUGGGCAAAAAGAGCAAAACUCCAUCUUAAAAAAAUGAAUAAAUAAAGGAAAAUGAGCUGAGUGAUGGUCUUAGAUAUAAGAUGGAAUGGCAAGCAAAUAAAAUUAUAAAUAUGAAUACAUAUGUAUAUAUAAAAGAAUAGUGUCAACUAAAAUACUAGACAACAAUAGCAUGUAAAUUAGAAGGGACAGAAAUGUUCUAAGACCCUCCGGUUGUUGGGAAGAGGGUGUAAGAUAGUGUUUAAUUUGACUUUGAUAAGUUAAAUGUGCAUAGUGUAAUUUAAUGUUAAUUACUAAAAGAGUGUAACCAGUCUACACAUCUCUAAUCCAAUAAAAAGAAUAAAACGCUGUGAUUUAAAAUGUAGUUCCAGCUGCUUGGGAGACUGAGGCAGGAGGAUCUCGGCUUGGAUCCUCAGACCAGGAGUUUGAGGCAGCAGUGAGCUAUGGUUGUGCCGCUGCACUCCAGACUGGACAACACAGUGAGAGCCCAUAAAAUAAAUAAAUGAAAUGAACACAAACUUCUGUCAAUUAAAAAAUAAGAAAAAAAUUAGGCUGGGCCUGGGCGCUGUGGCUCACACCUGUAAUCCCAGCACUUUGGAGGCCAAGGUGGGUGGAUCGCUUAAGCCCAGGAGUUCGAAACCAGCCUGGGCAACAUAGGGAGAACCUGUCCCUACAAAAAAUACAGUAAGUAAGCCUAUAGUUCCAGCCACCCAGGAGGCUGAGGUGGGAGGAUCACCUGAGCCUGGGAGCUCGAGACUGCAGUGAGCUGUAGUCACACCACUACACUCCAGCCUGGGCAACAGAGUGAGACCCUCUCUCAAAAAAGAAAAAAAAAAUCAGAAACAAACUGGGCAAAUUAAGAUGGUGGAAACAAAACUAAAUAUGUCCCUAACCACAGUAAGCUGUAUAGAAUUGCCAGUUGGCAGGUAAAGGUUAGGACUGGGUGCAGUGGCUCAUGCCUGUAAUCCCAGCACUUUGGGAGGCCGUGAUGGGUGGAUCACCUGAGGUCAGGAGUUUGAGACCAGCCUGGCCAACAUGGUGAAACCCCGUCUCUACUAAAAACACAAAAAUCAGCCAGUUGUGGUGGUGCAUGCCUGUAAUCCCAGCUACUCGGGAGGCUGAGACAGGAGAAUGGUUUGAACCUGGGAGGCGGAGGUUGCAGUGAGCCAAGAUUGCGCCACUGCUCUCCAGCCUGGGUGACAGAGUGAGACUGUCAUACACACAAACACACGUAAAGAUUAGGAGGAAAAUCCGUGACCCAGAGUCACACACAUGAAGACAGACAGGAGGGAGGCGUGAGUCAACCAGGGGGAGGAAAGGCAAGCUCAGGUGCCAUGUGAAGCCCAGAACAUUGUUUUAAAAAGGAAACUCAAAAAUAAUGAUGGGCCAGGCGUGGUUGCUCACCCCUGUAAUCCCAACACUUUGGAAGGCAGAGACGGGUGGAUCACUCGAAGUCAGGAGUUCGAGACCAGCCUGGCCAACAUGACAAAACUCUAUCUCUAUUAAUAAUACAAAAAUUAGCCAAGUGUGGUGGUCUGCGCCUGUAAUCCCAGCUACUUGGGAGGUUGAGGCAUGAGAAUCGCUUGAACCUGGCAGGCGGACGCUGCAGUGAGCCGAGAUUGCGCCACCGCACUCCAGCCUGGACUUCACUCAACCUGAGAGGCAGAGGUUGCAGUGAGCCAAGAUCGCGCCGCCAGCUCCAGCCUGGGCGUCACUCAACCUGAGAGGCGGAGGCUGCACUGAGCCAAGAUCACACCGCUGACUCCCAGCCUGGGUGUCACUCAGGCUCAGUCAGACUCCACCUCAAAAAAAAUAAAAAAAUAAUAAAAAUGUCUUAGAGAUGGAAAUGUAAUGGGCAAAAUUAAAUUAGCAAGAAGGUGGAAAGUGGAGAAAAUGUGUUUGAAAGAAUGAAAAGACAAGAAGGUGGGUGACAGGAUAGAAAGAUUAAGACUAACAGGAAUUCCAAGGGGGGGAAAACAAAAACAGAAAAUGGUGGGAAUGAAGUUAUUAGAGAAAUAAUUUUCCCCCAGAACCGAGAAACAUGAAUCUCCAGAGUAAAAGCACCUACCGAUAUCUCGCACAAAGAUGGAAGGAACGACCUACAUCCAGGCAUGACAUGAAACAUCAGACAGUCCAGGACAUAGAGACGAUCUGAGAGCGCAGAUCACACACACAGGCUGAGGAAUAAAUCCCUUCCCAAGGGCAGAUUGGAAGUUAGAAAACGACAGAACAGUGCUUCGAAAAUUACAAGUGAAAAUAAUUGGCAACCUAGAACUUUAUACCUACCCAGGUGGUCAGUCAAGUGUGACAGUAUGACAACAUUUUCAGAUAUACAAACUCUUACUUUUAAAAAUUCAUUUUCAAAAUACAUGUUUUCAGGAGCCUACUAAAGGAGGAGCUCCAAAUCAAGGGAGCAAACCAAGAAAGAGGAAGAAGGGGCUGGCCACUGUGCUGUAAUCCCAGCACUUUGGGAGGCUGAGGCAGGUGGAUCACGAGGUCAGGAGUUCGAGACCAGCCUGUCCAAUAUGGUGAAACCCCGCCUCUACUAAAAAAUACAAAAAUUAGCUGGGUGUGAUGGCGCGUGUCUGUAGUCCCCACUACUCAGGAGGCUGAGGCAGGAAAAUCACUGGAACCCGGGAGGCGGAGGUUGCAGUGAGCCGAGAUCGCACCACUGCCCUCUAGCCUGGCAGAAGAGCGAGACUCCAUCUCAAAAAAACAAACAAAAUCUUGUGGGUUUCUUAGAUUAUAUUCUCCACUAGACAAAAAAUAUACUUAAACAUUUGUCAGUGUUUUCUCUGUUCCAUAUGAUGUGUUAGCAUGUUGUGGGAAAAUAUCCUUUAGGGUCUUAGAAACACUCUUGUCUAGCUGAGAGGAUUUGUGCUAUAUACUAUCUUCCAGCAAUUUUUUUUUUUUUUUUUUUUUUAGAGACAGGCUCUUGCUCUGUUACUCAGGCUAGAGUGCAGUGGUGCAAUCAGUUCACAGCAGCCUUGAACUCCUGGCCUCCCACCUCCGCCUCCCAAAGGGCGGGGAUUACAGGUGUGAGCCACCACACCCAGCCCCAACAUAGUAAACCUUUCUGGGGCCUUAACAAUGGAUAUGGCCACAACCUUGAUUUUAUCUUUAUCCUGAGGCCACUUACUACUUGAAUUCUUUGCAGGCAGUGGUGAUACACCCUACAGUCCCAACUGAUCAGGAUGCUGAGCAGGAGGAUCCCUUGAGCAAUAUAGGGAGAUCUUGUCUCUAAAAAAUAAAAGUAAAUUUAAAACAACUUUUAAAAGAAAAUGCUUUGCUGACUGCAGAGACAAGAUGUGAGAUGGUUUUGUUUCCCAAGCCAGUUCAGGCCCCGGCUCUGUGUCCUCCAGAUUCCGCCUGCAGACUAGACGAUCCCUCCUUUCACACAUUUCACGCUCGCAGGCCUCACCAGUGCCACGAGGAGCGUUCCGCUGACAUUUUUGCCACUCUGUCUGGAGCUCUGCUUAGCUGGGUCCAUUUUCUAAUUUCCAAGUUACUGAAGGCAAUUUUUUUUUUUUUUUUUGAGACAGAGUCUGGUUCUGUUUCUCAGGCUGGAGUGCAGUGGUGCGAUCUCGGCUCACUGCAGCCUCUGCCUCCCGGGUUCAAGUGAUUCUCCUGUCUCAGCCUCCUGAGCAGCUGGGAUUACAGGUACCCGCCACCAUGCCCGGCUAAUUUUUGUAGUUUUAGUAGAGACAGGGUUUUGCCAUGUUGGCCAGGCUGGUCUUGAACUCUUGACCUCAAGUGAUCCACCCACCUUGGCCUUCCAAAGUGCUGGGAUUAGAGGCACGGGCCACAGCACCCGCCCAAAGACAAUUUUUUUUCACCCAAAUUUUUCACUACUACCUAAUCAUGGUUUCCUCUGCUAACAGUCUCCUCCCCGUGUUUCUGGCCUCCAGCCCCAGACUGCACUCACAGUCAGUGCACUGCGUCAUAGGUGUUGCUUCUGCCGGCACCUGUCUUAGACGAGGCUGCUGUGUCAAAAUUCCACAGACCGACUGGCUUCACAGCAGACCUUUCUUUCUCCCAGCUCUGCAGGCUGCGAGUCCAGCCUCCAGGUGCCACAGACCCAGUUCCUGUUGAGGCACCACCCCCAGCUUACGGACAGCAGCCUCUUGCUCACGUGGCCGUCCCCGUGUGUGCUCCUGGAGAGGAGGCUCCGGUGUCUCUUCCCAUGAGGGCAUUCAUCUCAUCGUGAGGGUCCCCCAGGAUCUUCUCUAAACCUGCUCCCCUCCCAAAGGCCCUACCUCCAACACUGUCUUGCUGGGGCUGAGGACUUCAACAUGUGAACUGGAGGUAGGGGACAAAUAGCCAGUCCACAGCAACCCCAACUUUGGGACCCAGUUUCUCUGUUGGCACUUGCUGAGGGACAACCCACCCAAACGCCUGGUGGCUCACAACGGCAGGGACACGGUGCUUCUGUGGCCGCAGGCGUGAGGACCCGGGUCCUGGCCUCCCUGGGGCCUGUUCCUCGGCUGUGCUCGGUUGCUCAGGGCUGCUCUGGUCCUGCAUCCCCAAGGAGAUCCCUUCUGAGGUCACAGGUGCAGAAGGAAGCCCGUCCGAUGCAGACGGGUGUUCCAGCCAUGCAGAGAGGAGAAAAUCAGUACCGAAAGCAUCUGACAGAAAAGGAAAAAAAAAUCCAAAAGAAACCAUUUAGAAUAGACUCAGAGGACAUAACACACCUGGGACCGACUGAGAUGAUAUUUAGGAAAGAUGUGUAAGAUUUCUACAUGUAAACUAAGAGAUGGGAUGUUAUUAUUACAAGUUUUCCUAAGUCAGGGUCACCCAUGCUGGAAGGCCGUGGUACAAUCACAGCUCACUGCAGCCUCAACCUCCCGGGCUCAUCCUCCAACCUCAGCCCCACGGGUAGCUUGAGACUACAGGCGCGCACCACCAUGCCCAGCUAAUUUGGGGGGUUUUUGUUUGCUUGUUUUGGGAGAGACAGGGUCUCAUUAUGUUGCCCAGGCUGUUGAGAUGCAACAUUACUCACAAACAUGUAAAAACUCAAACGAUGGCGGGUCUGCCCAUUCACGGAUGGAACAGAGGGUGUCAACAUGUAAAAACUCAGACAACGGUGGGUGCCUGUUCAUGGAUGGAGCAGGGCGUGUUGCGGAGGUGGAGCAUUACAGACAUGCAAACAACGGCGGGCGUGCCCAUUCGUGCAUGGAACGGGGGGUAUCGGGGAGAUGGAGCAUUACUCAAAGACAUGUAAAAACUCAAACAAUGGCGGGUGUGCCUGUUCGUGGAUGGAACAGGGGGUGUCGGGAAGGCAUCGGGGCUCCCGGUUGCUGUCAGUCGCCCGUGAGACCCGAGCAGCAGUCGCUCUGUUCUUGUGAUCAUGGCUGAGUGGGAUCCAGUGUGAGUCUCCACCCAGCCUGUUACCCAGUUCCAGCUGCAGGGCCUGUGCGCUCUUUUCCGCCUGGGCAGCAGUGAACGAAGUUGCUCUAAGUCCCUUGCUGCUCUUGGUGCACUUAAGAGAGGGCUCGCAGGCCACAGGGUAACAGGAGAGGCUGAGUGCGCGGCAUCCUCCAUCAUGGAAACGCAUCUCGCACCAGCACACGCAGCUGGCUUUUCCACUACUUUUGCCCGUCGAUGGCACCACCCAGCUUUUCUCUGGGUGGGAAAGGUAUCUGUCCACCUGGGGUUUCUACUCUGCAUGUUUUAUCUUUUUUUUUUCUCUUGAGAUGGAGUUUCACUCGUCGCCCAGGCUGGAGGAUAAUGCCAUAAUCUCAGCUCACUGCAACCUCCGCCUCCCAGGUUCAAGUGAUUCUCUUGCCUCAGCCUCCUGAGCAGCUGGGACUACAGGUGCCUGCCACCAUGCCUGGCUAAUUUUUGUAUUUUGAGUAGAGACAGGGAUUCACCAUGUUGGCCAGGCUGGUCUUGAACUCCUGACCUCAGGUGAUCCGCUCACCUCGGCCUCCCAAAGUGCUGGAAUUACAGGCGUGAGCCACCGCGCCCGGCCAUGUUUUAUCUUUUAUCCAGGUAGUCUGUGACUAUCCAAACGAGGCUCUGACAGUCUACAGGGAUCGUGUCAGUCUGGAGAGAGUUGGGUUAAAGGCAGGUUGUUUGGGGUGAGAAGGGGACGCUGAGGCAGCAGGUGGUCACAACCUCACGUCUCAGAAGGAUGCGCUGAGCAGGCCCGGGGUUUUGGGCAAGUGAGGUCCACAGCCCUCUAAUGAGUACCUUUAGAGGCCACUGGCCUGCAAGUUCUGAUGACGGGGAACAGCCUUAGGGGCCUCUCCCUGGAGCUCCCACUCGCCCCCUCGCCCCCCACCCUGCUGUGUCCUGAGCUGUGGCUUGGGAGAUGUUUCUGGACUGGGACCAGACCCCGCAACCUAGAGAGCCAGCUCUAGGCUGGGAAUUCCUGGGCAUAAUGUCCAGGCAUGAAGUCAGCUCCUUGUGUGUCCUCAUCUGUACAGUGAGGGAAGGGCCCAUCUCCACCGUCUCCGCAAGGACAGACUCCGAGGUGACGUGGGUCGGGCCUGCACUCUCAGUGGUUUCCUUUCUGGAGUCUGGGCCUGCUCGGCCAGUGCCCUCAUUUUCUGUGGAGCUGUUCCAUGUCUGGGCACAGAAGCACCUCUCUGGGAGCAGGUGGGGACGUGAGAGCCUCAGGGCCUCUGGAACUGUUCUGUCACAGGCCCCAGGAGGAGCUGGACCUGCUGCCUGAGCCCCUUGGGGCAGCGGGUGAGCUGCGGUGUGAGAGACUCGGGCCUGGAGCACCAAGGGCCCCACAGCAGGAGGGAUGGGGGUGCAACCUCCAGGGCGCUGGGGUCCUCUUGGCUGACGAGGAGCCUUACACAGGGGCUGCCUCAUGGGGUUGGCGGGAGCCCCGGCGUGAGGGAGACAGCCACAGAGGCAGCCCCGAAAGCAAAGCGCGGAGCAGAUGGCAGAGGAUCCCGCAUGGCAGAGAAGAGGGUGGCAGAGGAGAGGGCGGCAGAGGGUCCCGCGUGGCAGAGGAUCCCACGUGGCAGAGAAGAGGGCAGCAGAGGAUCCCACAUGGCAGAGGAGAGGGCGGCAGAGGGUCCCGCGUGGCAGAGGAGAGGGCAGCAGAGGGUCCCACGUGGCAGAGAAGAGGGCAGCAGAGGGUCCCGCGUGGCAGAGAGGGCGGCAGAGGGUCCUGCGUGGCAGAGGAGAGGGCAGCAGAGGGUCCCACGUGGCAGAGAAGAGGGCAGCAGAGGGUCCCGCGUGGCAGAGAGGGCGGCAGAGGGUCCCGCGUGGCAGAGGAGAGGGCAGCAGAGGGUCCCACGUGGCAGAGAAGAGGGCAGCAGAGGGUCCCGCGUGGCAGAGAGGGCGGCAGAGGGUCCCGCGUGGCAGAGGAGAGGGCAGCAGAGGAGAGGGUGGCAGAGGGUCCUGCGUGGCAGAGAGGGCGGCAGAGGGUCCCGCGUGGCAGAGGAGAGGGCAGCAGAGGGUCCCACAUGGCAGAGAAGAGGGCAGCAGAGGGUCCUGCGUGGCAGAGAGGGCAGCAGAGGGUCCCGCGUGGCAGAGGAGAGGGCGGCAGAGGGUCCCGCGUGGCAGAGGAGAGGGCAGCAGAGGAGAGGGUGGCAGAGGGUCCUGCGUGGCAGAGGAGAAGGCGGCAGAGGGUCCCGCGUGGCAGAGAAGAGGGCGGCAGAGGAUCCCACGUGGCAGAGGGCAGCCGACAGGCAGCUCUGGGAGGAUACAGGGUUGGGAAACUCAGGCAGAAGGCCAUCGUAAGAGCUAAGAGCUACGUAUGGAGAGUGUGGAUGUGAUGAGAACUGAACGGGGGCCGCUGGGCUUAGUGACCAGGCAGCAACUGUGUCCUUGCUGAAUUCCAGGCACUAAAGAACUUGGUGAAGAGUCCGGGCCCCGCUGAGAGGGUGGCACGUGCGCAAAUGUGGAAUCCUCACCCAAAGUCCUCAGCCUCAGAGCACACAAAGGUGUUUCUCCUCCCCUGUCAAGCAGGAACCAGGGGUCCAGGCUGGGACGCUGAUUGGAUGUGACAGCCCAGCAGACGCCAUGCUCAGGGUGGAGGCUUCAAAGGACACGGCAGGCGUCAGGGACUUUUCUUUCUGUUUGAGAUGGGGUCUUGCUCUGUUGCCCAGGCUGGAGUGCAGGGGCGCAAUCACAGCUCACUGCAGCCUCAAUGUCUGCUCAAGCGAUCCUCCAGCCUCAGGCCUCUAAAAUGCCAUGAUCACAGGUAUGAGCCACUGUGCCUGGCCUAGGGACUUUUUCUUUUUCUUUUUCUUUUUUUUUUUUGAGACAGUCUCACUCUGUCGCCCAGGCUGGAGAGCAGUGGCGCGAUCUCGGCUCACUGCAAGCUCCGCCUCCCGGGUUCACGCCAUUCUCCUGCCUCAGCCUCCCGAGUAGCUGGGACUACAGGCGCCCGCCACCACGCCCGGCUAAGUUUUUUGUAUUUUUAGUAGAGAUGGGGUUUCACCGUGUUAGCCAGGAUGGUCUCGAUCUCCUGACCUUGUGAUCCGCCCGCCUCAGCCUCCCAAAGUGCUGAGAUGACAGGUGUGAGCCACCGUGCCCGGCCAGCCUGGGGACUUUUUCUAGUGAUGUACAAACACUUGCACACAUUUUAUUGUACAAAAUUCCCCAGUACUGCUUUAAUAGUGAAAAAAACACACACACAUACAAAAGAAGUUUCAACACAGCUCGUCGUUAGAAUUCAAAGUCUUCUCCUGCCAUGGCGAGAGCCCAGGCGAACCUCUCCCGCUGUGUUUUGCUGUAGAUCUUCUCCACUGGCACCCUGAACCGCCUGCACCUGCGGGAGGCAGUGUCAGCCCAGGCAAGCAGGCAACUCACCCACCUUGAAGGCCAGGUCAGGGUGCUCGGCAAGGGCGAGCGUCCUCCGUGCAGCAGAGACACCAGAAUCGCCUGGUGUAGCUGGGACCUGCUCCUCUAGGCCAACCCCACCCCAGGCAUGCUGCCACCCUGGAGCAUCAGCGAGGUGUCAAAGACAACCUGCUGUGGCCCAGGUGUCCACCGAGCAGGGCGCUCAGCCACCUCCCACUCCCUGUGGGCAGGCUGAGCUCCACAGGCCCUCCUGAUGCCUCCGAGUCCCAGGCCACUGUCAGCACCCCCACUUCACCCUGUCCAUCCCAACGUUCAGGGCAGGGAGAGCUGAUGACGCAGGACUCAGCAUCAUGGGUCCCUGUCACAGGGAGGGCCUGUGCUGACCCCAGGGGACACGGGACAGGGGCAAUACUAGGACUGAACAGAGGCCUCCUGGAAAACCCAGGCCCCCCAUAGGCCACAGGUGGGAACUGAGACCCCAGGCACACGCACCAGGCAAUGCUGAUCCUGGGGUCCAGGUAGUUGAGUUUGGACGUGCCCAGGGCCACCUGCUUGUUCUCCUCCUUGUCCGUGGCCUGCACACUCAGCUGCGCCAGCUGCUCCUGCAGCUUCUCCAGGAGCCGCCUCUUCUUCUCCAGGACACUGGCAAGAGAAGAGGAGGCCGCGAGGCCCCGCGCUGGAGUAGCACCACCUGAGGAGACCUGCACUUCUCUGGCCCUGCCGCCUUCCCUCCCAGUGCAGCCCUGUCCCUGUUGUUGUCAUCAGUUAUCCAUCACAGCAAAAGACCAGCCGGGAUCAAAGGUGGAAGCCCAGCCCCACCCCAGCUGCCAAGUCAGAUACAGAGGAGGGCCGUGGGCGGAGGGUGAGCAGCCCGUCAGGACCUGACUCGCAGGAGGGUGAGAUGCUCGACACAACAGACUGAGGCCGGCCCAAACAGGACGAGGGCAGCGAGACCAGGCCCGAGAAAGCAAACACAAAUGUCCUUUAACCUCCUGGAAGCCACUAAGCCCUCCUUCCUGCCUCCUUCGGGAAAGCAAAUUUCAGCACAGAGAUGCCCUUUCCACAUUACUUGCACCCUCCAACGCCAGAACAUCACCCAGACAUGCAACCUCUGACCCCAACUCUUCUAGGAAUUUGUGCCACAAACACUCGAAUGUGCGUGGAAAGACACUUGCGCCUGCAAAAAUACGGCCGAGAAUGGGGCAGCCCGCCGGGCCGGAAGCAUAGGCCCGGGGAAGUGCCUUCCCAGCAUGAGCCACAUCCCCAGGGGCAGAGGGGCACAUGAGGGGCUGCUGUUUAUGUGAAAAAAAGGAGGGAAAACAGAGGAAGAGCCAGCACGCACACACGGUCCUUCUGGAAAUGCUUAAGAAAUUUCUUUUGUCUUUUUUUUUUUUUUUUUUUUUUUUGAGACAGAGUCUUGCUUUGUCACCCAGGCUGGAGUGCAGUUGCACGAUGUCAGCUCACUGGAACCUCUGCCUCCCGGGUUCAAGUGAAUCUCCUGCCUCCUGAGUAGCUGGGACUACAGGCAUGUGCCACCACGCACAUGAUUUUUUUUUUUUUUUUUUUUUUUUAAGCAGAGACAGGGUUUCACCAUGUUGGCCAUGAUGGUCUCAAACUCCCAACCUCAAGUGAUCCGCCUGCCUCGGCUGCCCAAAGUGUUGGGAUUACAGGCAUGAGCAACCUUGCCUGGCCAGGAAAUGCUAAAGAAAUUUCACAGCAGCUGCCUCUGGGGACAGGAGGUCAGGGGUGGGUCACAGCCUUAUUUUUCACUGAAUACCCUUUGGUCCAAUUGACAUUUCCUUCGCACACGCCACCAUUAAAAACAGAGCCCUGCAUCUCCGGAUACUCACCCUGAAGAGAAAACUUUUACCCUUUAAGAACCACAGCCAGGCCAGGAGCGGCGGCUCACGCCUGUAAUCACAGCACUGUGGGAGGCCGAGGCGGGUGGAUCACGAGGUCAGGAGAUUGAGACCAUCCUGGCUAAUAUGGUGAAACUCCGUCUCUACUAAAAAUACAAAAAUUAGCCAGGCAUGGUGGCGUGCACCUGUAAUCCCAGCUACUCAGGAGGCUGAGGCAGAAAAAUCGUUUGAACCCGGGAGGCAGAGGUUGUGGUGAGCUGAGAUCAUGCCACUGCACUCCAGCCUGGGCAACAGAGUGAGACUCUGUGUCAAAAAAAAAAAAAAAGGACCGCAGCCACAAUAAUGAGGAAUGAAUGAAAGAGGGAACAUCACUAAAUAAAAAAGAUAAUAUGGGAAUACUAUGAAUAACUGGGCACCAGCCAGUUAGACACCCUAGACUAAACAAAUUCCCAGAAAGAUACAAACUACCAGAACCGACUCACAAAGUAUAGAAAAUAUGAAUAGAACUAUAACAAGUGAUUAUAUCAGUAAGUUUAAACUUCUCCCAAAGAAAAGCGCAGGCCUAGAUGGUUUCACUGGUGAAUUCAUUUAACAAACUGACCCUAGCCAGGCAGUGCAGUGCAAGCCUAUAGUCUCAGCUAUUCGGGAGGCUGAGCUGGGAGGACUGCUUGAGCCCAGGAGUUCAAGACCAGCCUGAGCAACACAGCAAGACUCUCUCUCUUUAAAAAGGCACCAAUUUUUCAUAAACUUUCAUGAAAUAUUAGAUAUUAUAUUAAAUAUUAUUCAACUCGUUACCAGUAUUACCUUGAUACCAAAAUCAAUGACAUCAUAAGAAAACUAUAGACUAACAUGCUCAUGAAUACAGAUGCAAAAACCUCAACAAAAUAUCAGCAAACUGAAUCCAGCAAUAGACAAAAAUGAUUACACAAUUGCUCAAGUAGGAUUUAUCCCAGGAAUGCAAGGAUGGUUUCAUAUCUGAUCAAUUAGUAUAAUACAUCCUAUCAAUAUAAGGAAGGGACAAAAACAAGAUCUCAACAGGUGCAGAAAAUCAUUUGACAAAAUCCAGUGCUCUUCAUGAUAAAAAAAAAAAAACCUCAACAAACUAGGAAUAGAAGUAAAUUUUGUUAACAAACAGCUUCUGUGAAAAACCUACAGUUAACAUCAUAUUCCAUGAUAAAAGCAUGAGAGUUUUGCCCCCAGUAUCAGGAACAAGGCAAGGCUGCCCACUCAUGUCCAGUGUACUGGAGAUUCCUGCCAGGUCCAUAAUGCAAAAAUAUGAAAUAAAAGGCAUAUGACUGGAAAAGAAGUAAAACUAUCUCUGUUUGCAUACAAUAUGGCCUUUAUAGAUACAGUCCUAAGGGCCAGGCACGGUGGCUCACACUUGUAAUCUCAGAGCUCUGGGAGGCCAAGGCAGGACUGCUUAAAGCCAGGAGUUCAAGGGUAGCUUGGGCAACAUACAAAAAUUUUCUUAGUGUAAAAAUUAGCCAGGUGUGGCAGUUCGCACCUGUGGUCCCAGCUACUCAGGAGGCUGAGGCGGGAGGAUUGCUUGAGCCCAGCAAGUUGAGACUAUGGUGAGCUAGGAUGCUGAGACAUCUGGCUGUCCACAUGCAAGAGAAUGACCCUGGGCCCUUCCCUCAGACCACACACAAAAAUUAACUCAGAACCAAUGACCUAAAUGUAAGAGUAAACCGAUAAACCUCUUAGGAGAAAACAGAGAAAUCUAUCUUCAUGGCCUUGGGUUAGGCAAAGCCUUCUCAGCACGCUGACUCAUCCAAAUCUUAACUGUGUCACAGGACACCAACAAGAAAGAACAAAGACAGGCCGGGCGCGGUCGCUCACGCCUGUAAUCCCAGCACUUUGGGAGGCCGAGGUGGGCGGAUCACCUGAGGUCAGGAGUUCAAGACCAGCCUGACCGACAUGGUGAAACCCCAUCUCUACUAAAAUACAAAAAUUAGCCAGGUAUAGUGGCGUGUGUCUGUAGUCACAGCUACUCGGGAGGCUGAGGCAAGAGAAUCGCUUGAACCCAGGAGGCAGAGGUUGCAGUGAGCCAAGAUCUCGCCACUGCACUCUAGCCUGGGUGACAGAGCAAGACUCCAUCACAAAAAAAAAAAAAAAGGGCUGGGAGUGGUGACUCAUACCUGUAAUCCCAGCACUUUGGGAGGCCGAGGCAGGCAGAUUGCCUGAGCUCAGGAGUUCAAGACCAGCCUGGGCAACAUGGUGAAACCCCGUCUCUACUAAAAUACAAAAAAAUUAGCUGGGCUUGGUGGCGGGCGCCUGUAAUCCCAGCUACUCAGGAGGCUGAGGCAGGGGAAUUGCUUGAACCCUGGAGGCAGAGAUUGCAGUGAGCCGAGAUCAUGCCAUUGCACUCCAGCCUGGGAGACAGAGCAAUGCUCUGUCUCCAAAGGAAAAAAAAAAAAAAAGAAAGAACAAAGACAACACAAGAGUGGGCGAAACAUCGACGAGCUCUUACAAGUCAAUAAUAAAACAACAACCCGACCAGAAAAUGGACAGAGGACCUGAGCAGUCAUUCUCCAGAGACGAUACAGAAACGGGCAACAAGCACCUGCAAAGAGCACCCACAGUCAGACGCUCCUUCACACCCACUGGGCUCUAAUCGACACGUGGAAAACUGACCCUACAGUGGCGCCUGGACAGAGGAAUCGGAGCCCUCACACACUGCUGGUGGGGAGGGGAUGGUGCCGCCGCCCUGGAGAAGAGUCUGGCACCUUCUUCUCAUUUCCUGACCCCACAGUGACAAUCACAAACCUCCUCGGCGGCCAGGGUCUCCUCCUCCCACGGCUCCAUGUGUCCCACUCUUGUCCACAAGGCAUAUAGUUUGUAUUUUUAAAAAUCACAAAGUUGGCCAGGUGCAGUGGCUCAUGCCUGUAAUCCCAGCACUUUGAGAUGCCAAGGCAGGAGGAUCACUUGAGGCCAGGAGUUUGACCAGCCUGGCCAACAUGGAGAAACCCCGUUUCUACUAAAUAAAUAAAUGAGCCGGGCGUGGUGGCGGGCACCUGUAACCCCAGCUACUCGGGAGGCUGAGGCAGGAGAAUCACUUGAACCCGGGAGGCGGAGGUUGCAGUGAGCUGAGACCGCGCCAGCGCACUCCAGCCUGGCGACAGAGACUCCAUCUCAAAAAAAAAAAAAUCACAAAAAACAAUUGAAGAGGAAAACAAAACUGGCCAUGGGAAGGCACGUCUGAAGCUGCCACAUCUGGGUUGGUGUGGGCGGCAAGCUACCUAGGUGCCGAGGCAAGAGACCGAGGGCACGAGCUGUUCCAGUAUAAUAAAAUACAUAAGAAUAGUUAUACUAUAGAUAGAUCAUAGAUAUGAUUAUAUAUGAAUAUCAUUAAUCAUUAGUUGGUAGCAAUUAGUCUUUUUUCCAAUAUUAUAAUAAUCCUUGCUCUACAAUCAUAGCCUAGGAAAAACCAGGCCAUAGAGAUAUGAGAGGACAUAGUGAGGAGUGACCAGAAGACAAGAGUGCGAGCCUUCUGUUAUGCCCAGACAGGGCCACCAGAGGGCUCCUUGGUCUAGCGGUAACGCCAGCGUCUGGGAAGAUGCCUGUUGCCAGGCGGACCAUGAUCUAGCGGUAGCCUCAGUGUCAAGGAAAACACCCGCUACUUAGCAGACCGGGAAAGGGAGUCUCCCUUUCCCCAGGGGAGUUUAGAGAAGACUCUACUUCUCCACCUCUUGUGGAGGGCCUGACAUUAGUCAGACCGGCCCGCAGUUAUCCGGAGGCCUAACCGUCUCCCUGUGAUGCUGUGCUUCAGUGGUCACAAUCCUAGUCCGCCUUCAUGUUCCAUCCUGUACACCUGGCUCUGCCUUCUAGAUAGCAGUAGAAAAUUAGUGAAAGUACUAAAAGUCUCUGAUAUGCAGAAAUAACAGCGUAAACUAUUCUCUCUCUCUGCCUCAGCUGCCAAACAGGGAAGGGCCCCGUGUCCAGUGGACAUGUGACCCACGUGAUCUCACCUAUCACUGGAGAUGACUCACACUCUUUACCCUGCCCCUUUUGCUUUGUAUCCAAUAAAUAACAGCGCAGCCAGACAUUAGGGGCCACUACCGGUCUCCACGUCUUGGUGGUAGUGGUCCCCUGGGCCCAGCUGUCCUUUCUUUUA